GGAAGCACAGGAGCUCUCCGUUUGUUACUGUACUGCAGGCAUCCUGGUGGGUUAGGUUCGGGACUUAAAGCAACUGCAGAUAGGUAUGCUGUGAGACAGGUAUUUUGUGAAGCUAUAUUUCCGACGCCUAACAGACAAAUCCGUGGCCAUGUCUCAGAGGGACCUGAAGGAAGCGUUUAUCAGUAACCUCAAUGGGACCAGUCUGCAGGAGGUGGCACUGGGCUCUUUUCUCACACCUCUAUGUCUCAUCAACAGAGGACUGAUUUUGACCCUUUACUAUCAGGCCAAAAAGACUCUUCCGCUGCCACUUCCACUGAUUUCUCACCUGCUUCUAGAUUUCUGUCUGCUUAUCCUUCCCCUCGUCCUGUCGUGCACCGUGCUGAGCAGCGUUCUUCACCAGGUCAUCUUAAGCCUAACCUUUGUUUCGGCAUGUGUGCUUUGCUACAUCUACCGUGUCAGUUAUCGUUCUGCUCGGCCCCCACAGAACACAGUCAGCACCUUCCUUCAGAGUCACGUUAAAUUCAACCAAAUUCCCUUUGUGACCAUCUUUCGAGUGUUUGUGAAUGUGAAAACAGCCAUAAGCAUACUUGCCGUAGACUUCAGUGUCUUCCCAAGGCGAUAUGCUAAAGCUGAAACCUAUGGGACAGGGGUUAUGGACUUUGGUGUUGGAGCAUAUGUCUUUGCAAAUGCCCUCGUCUGUCCAGAGGCACGGGGGAAGAACAUCUCGGGAUCCAAGAUGAAUCACAUCGCUAAGCAGCUCCUGUCUGUGUGGCCCCUGGUUGUUCUCGGCAUGGGAAGACUAUUGAGCCUCAAAAUGUCUGGCUACCAAGAGCAUGUGACUGAAUAUGGCGUCCACUGGAACUUUUUCUUCACACUAGCUAUUGUCAGAGUUGUGGCUUCUGUGCUUUUGGCUGUUUUACCAGCCAAUAAAUCAUGGCUCAUUGCUCUUCUGAUCAGUGGAUUUUAUCAGUUUACUCUGGAGACAUCAGGGCUGAAGGCUUUCAUUAUCCACAACAAUGACAGAGAAAAGGACUAUCUACAUGCUAACAAGGAGGGCAUAUUCUCUGUAGUGGGCUAUGUAGCUAUCUACAUGGCAGGAGUUCAGGUUGGACUCUAUGUGAUGCAACCCAGAUCCAACGUUAGACAAUGGCUCCAAACCCUUUUUAACCUCCUCUUGGGAAGUGUUGUCCUGUACACUGCUCUGUACGCAUGUCAGACACUUGUGGAGCCAGUCUCUCGUCGCUUAGCUAAUUUACCUUUUUUCCUCUGGAGUGUUGCUCAGUCUUUGUUCUUUAUGUUCUGUCUUGGUACAGCUGAUAUGGUUUUACUGUUUUCCAAAAGAACAUCAGGCUGUCACUUAGUGCCCUCAUCGUGGAAUUUGUAUAAAAAACAAUCAGACUCUGACAAAAAGACGGGUGAGAUAGAAAGACACUGUCUUGUUCAAGCCGUCAGCAGGAAUCAGUUGUUAUUUUUCUUGCUUGCAAAUGUCAUGACAGGAUUGACCAACUCAAUAGUGGACACACUCGGUUGCAGCAGCACAUUUUCAGUGUGCGUUUUGCUGUCGUACAUGUUCGUGAAUUGCUUUGUAAUAAAUGUUUUACAUUUCUGGGGAAUUACACUAAAAUUCUGGUAAAAUUGUAUUCCUUAAACAAUGUUCUUUUGUGUGUAUUUUUGAAGUUUUUUUUAUGGGGCUGGUGUGACAUUGAAAUUCAGGACAAUUAGAAAAAACACUGGGAAGAUGAAAUGUUAUAAGAAUAUAUUAUCUGUAAUGUUGAACAUACUAUUGUACAUAUGUUUGUGUAAGCAAAUAAAUGCAUGUCUUAAUAAAAUGCUUUCUCCAAAUAAGUUUUACAAUAUAAUAUGAAACCAAACACGAGUGUUUUUAAAUUAUUUGUCUUUCUCUAUGUUUAAAACAGAUGAGUAAUUGCUGCUAAAUCAUGCAUUCUGCUUAUUUGUGAUUGGCCUAUUACAAAACAUAUCAGUUUAGUUAGUAGAA